CGGCCACGAUGACAUCUUGAUCUAGUUAGAGUGAGAAGAGAGAGAGAAAAGCCAAAAGUAGGGAAAGGAAAGAAAGAAAGAGCGAAAACGAAGAAAGGAAGAAGCUGCUUAGCUUAGCGUUCUUUUUUGUCUAACAAUAAUGUCUCGUCGGGAAAGGGAAGUUCGCGAUUCAGACUCCAAACGACACCAACGUUCUAGGUUCGAUCGAGAACCCAGUCCUAAGAAGUCUAGGAGGGAUGGGAAACCAGAAACAGAGAGACUACCCAACAAUGUUAAUUUGGAUGUUGGAGAGCAGACAGACAGGGAUCAAAAGCACCAUCGUCGGCUGCAAGAUGCCAUACCACUUGAGGCCCCUUUGGCACCUGAUUCUAAGCGAGAAAAUGAGGCUGUGAGCAAAGAAGCUGACAAGAAACCUGAAAAACAUCGUGAAGGAUCAAAACGUUCCUCUGAUUCAACUGAAGUACCUCGGUCCCGAUCUUAUUUUCAGCAUGAUGAACGUGGUAAUGCCAUGCAAGUUGGUCGAAGCAUUGGUCGUAGAGCUACUAGUGGAUGGAGGGAUUCUAAGGAUCAACACGAUGAAAGAGAAGCAAACAAGACAACUUCUAAUGCACAGGAAAGAGAUGAGAAACUACAAGCUAAGCAGGAUGACCACAGCGUUUGGCGCCAUGAUCGCUUCAUAGAAAAGGAUGAUCCACCUCCACCUGCAAAGAAAAGACCCUCAUUUCAGGAGAAGAAGAUUACAGUGAAUUCUGAACAUGCUGACAAAUUGGAAUCAGAGACUGUAAAGUCAGGCCAUGUUGACCAUUAUGUAGAAGGAAGUGAAAGGAGGGAGGAGAGAAGCCACAACCCCCGUUAUAUGGACAGACCUGAGAAGCCAUUAGCAGGAGACAGGUUGCCACCAAAGAGGGGAGAAGCACAUAGGGAUAGUUUUCUGUCCAGAGAAAGAUAUGGUGGUGGUGGAAAUUACAGGGGAAGAGAUAGUGGUAGACAAGGUUAUCAUUCUGGUGGUACUCGGGCUGAGAAGUGGAAGCAUGAUUUGUAUAAACCUGAAGGAAGUCCAACCCCAAAAAAUGAAGAUGAUCAAAUUGCAAAGCUGGAAGCACUCUUGGCUUCAUAGAAACAGUCAGGUCUCAAUCUGCAUAUGCAUGCGUAUUAUGUUCAUUAAGGUUUGAGUCUGACUAAUCAGAUAUUUUGUUUAAUUAGGACAUUCAAAAUCAGGGUUUGCUUAUUGUGAAUGUUCAUGAAUUCUCUUUUACCACCUAACCAAUUCAAUUUACAGCCUGUUUACUCA